ACGAUUAGGCGCCUCACACAUAAUUUGUGUAAAAAGAAGUAAAGAGAAAAGUAACAGCCCAAAGGGCCAUAGCCAUUUGUUUGCCGAAAGGUUAAACAAAGAGGAGUCAACUAAAAGGAACCAAAACCAUCUCUUUUGAACAGCAGAACAAAUACUGUAGAGAGAGACAGAGAAAGAUGUCGGACGAGGAGCAUCACUUCGAAUCUAAGGCGGACGCCGGCGCAUCCAAGACCUACCCUCAGCAAGCUGGAACCAUCCGCAAGAACGGUCACAUUGUCAUCAAGGGCAGGCCCUGCAAGGUUGUCGAAGUCUCCACCUCGAAAACCGGAAAGCAUGGGCAUGCGAAGUGUCACUUUGUGGCUAUUGACAUAUUCAAUGGAAAGAAGCUUGAAGAUAUUGUUCCAUCGUCCCACAACUGUGAUGUGCCUCAUGUGAACCGUACUGAUUAUCAGCUUAUUGACAUCUCUGAAGAUGGUUUUGUCUCUCUUCUGACUGAAAACGGUAACACCAAAGACGAUUUGAGGCUUCCUACUGAUGAGAAUCUGCUUGGUCAGAUUAAAAGUGGGUUCGAGGAAGGAAAGGACCUUGUGGUGUCUGUUAUGUCGGCAAUGGGAGAAGAGCAGAUCUGUGCCCUGAAGGACAUUGGUCCCAAGAACUAGUAACUAUAUGAAUGUCAUUUGUCUGUCAUAAUAACUGCAGAACCAGACAGCGAAUUCUUAUUAUGGUUCUUGUUCCAAAUGGUAUUUUCUCAAAAUUUUCUUUUUAUCUGGUUUUCUGGUGAUUAAAGUUACAAAAAAAUGUCGCUACUCCCUUCGGAGAGUUGACCUAAUACGCAGCAAGACACGGUUUUUAUACAACAGACCAAUGAUUUAUGCUGUCUGUGUGUCAGUCUGGAUUUUUUUGCCCUCUUUUUUCUUAGUGAUGAUUUUUGAUUGCUGUUUUAGAAGUGUAUAUCAUAAUAUAUUUGCUUCAGAAUUCAGAUAUGUGCAUCUAAGUUACUGCGUAAGAUAUAAACCGAACUUUCAUCUGGAAUAGAAUGUUAUACAUGUAGUAAUUCAAUUGUGGCCAGUGAAAUUUCUCAAGUUCAGCUCACGCAUUCAAUAAAACAUAUAAAACUACAUAGCUUUUGCCAACUUAAACCAUUACAAACCCUAAAGAUUUCAGUCUACACAAUCACGACGAAGUCUUAUUUGCCUUUCGGAUAAUUACCGUACACAUACGAACCGAACCCCCAAAACGUGAUCGCCAACGAGGCAACGACAAUAUCUUGAAACCACUCAUCAAUCACGACAAAGUCUUAUUGCCCCUUCGGAUAGUUACCGUACACAUACGAACCGAACCCCCAAAACGUGAUCACCAACGACAAUAUCUUGAAACCGCUCAUCAAUCACGACGAAGUCUUAUUGCCCUUCGGAUA